GCUAAUGAACCGGUUGUGAUGAGGGCUGAGCCAUAUAGAGAAGAAAUUAAGGACUGUGUGAGCUAUUUAACCAUAUCAAGCCCUUCACUUUGUUUCACACUAUUUUUUAAUUAGAAGCUAAGUGAGAGUACUGAAUCAUGUUGUGUAAAGUCGUCGUCCUUGUGUUAAGCUGUUGUAUUAUACCGACACUCUCACAGUGGUGCUCCUUGAAGUACCAGCAAUGUUCCUGGAUGUUCCCAUGCUGCACUGGUGGCUAUGACCCUCUCAUGUGCCUGCAGGCUACCAACUACGUAUUCUACUGCUACCCUCAGUCUGAGUAUUUGGCCUAUAUAUCCAAGUUCACGACAACCCCGGCUCCCACAACAACGACAGUAAAACCGACAACUACCGCACCCCCUACAACUGCUGCUGUAACCACUGCUGCUGUAACCACUGCUGCUGUAACCACUGCUGCUGCAACCACCGCCGCUGUAACUACGGCUGCUGCAACCACCGCCGCUGUAACUACCGCUGCAGGAACCACCGCCGCUGUAACUACCGCUGCAGGAACCACGGCCGCUGUAACUACCGCUGCUGCAACCACGGCUGCUGUUACCACAGCUGCUGCGACUGCUGCACCAGCUUAAACUGACUACAAUUAAUAUAAUUCAUUAAAAAAAGCCAAUGAAGUAACAAUAAUAUAAUAGAUCGAAAAAUAAAUUUUAAAAAUAUAUUGUAUAUAAACAAGAAAUAAAAUAGUGGCAAUAGUUUCAUACAA